AGCGAUGCACGUCUCAUGUUAAGUAGCGUCGUUAUUGAAUAAAAACAAAUUAUUGCACGUGUUUCUAGAGAAUUGAAUUUAAAUUGAUUAGCUAUUCGCCUAAAAAUAAUCAAAAUGUAUUUAAUGUACACACUGAAUGAGAAUGGUGAACGUGUUUACACUUUAAAGAAACGUACUGACGAUGGACGUCCGACCAUUUCUGCACAUCCAGCUCAUUUCUCUCCUGAAGAUAAGUACUCCCGCCAACGUCUUACCAUAAAGAAACGUUUCGGGCUAUUACUUACACAAAAACCAGAGCCAGUUUACUGAAGCUACAAAACUAUUCCCAUUUUUUCUAGUGAAUAGCUACUAUAUAUUGUAAUUUGUUUUUAAGACUUUAAGGGCACAUCGCUAUGUACCAUUUCAUUUAAAAUAAAUAAUAAUUAGUUA